UUCUUGUUACUUCAACGGAAUUUAGGGACUUAGAAAGAGCAGGGUAUCCUCUCCUGAAAAGUAACCCCCCUCUCUCUUUUAAAAGUGAUUUUAUGAUAUCGGAAGAUACUGAACGUUUGAGAUCAUUAUGCCUGGGAGUUAACGGUACUGCUGGCUGUGCUAGACCUCGGUGUGAUGGCUGAGACGCAUGGGAUCUCAUUUAGAAUUCAAAUCAUUGUGAAAGAACUGCUGGAUACAGAUGUACUUUUAAAGUUGUUAUUUCAUUUACCAGUCAAUUAUCCAUCAACUGUACCAGAUAUUUCUGUUAACUCAGACCAACUUACAAGGGCCCAGUGUAUGGACGUGAAAGAUAAAUUACUUGAACAAGCAAAGAAGCAUCUUUCUGAACCCAUGGUGCAUGAUCUGAUUCUUUGGAUACAGCAGCAUCUAAAAGAUGUCAUUAAGCAAUCAGCAACAGUUUGCAGCAAAAAAACUACUUCGUCAAAAGGAGCAAGUACAGAAGAUGGUAUCUGGAUGCUCCUUUUGCAUUUAGAUCACAUGAGAGCAAAGACAAAAUACGUGAAAACUGUGGAAAAAUGGGCUUCAGAUCUAAGGCUGACUGGAAGACUGAUGUUCAUGGGCAAGAUAAUAUUGAUUCUUCUUCAGGGUGACAGGAGCAGCAUUAAGGAGUAUUUGAUUCUUCAGAAAACUUCUAAGGUAGAUGUGGACUCAAGCGGAAAGAAAUGCAAAGAGAAAAUGAUGAGUGUACUGUGUGAGACAGAAGUACAGUCACAGCAUAAAAGGUUUCAGAAAUUUGAAGUCAAAGAAUACUCAACACUGGAGGAGCUACAAAAGGAAUUUGAAACUGCAGGACUUACAGCUCUUUUCUCUGAGUUUGUGCCUCCUCUCUUAAAAUAAAACUAUAAGAAAACAUGGGACCUUUGACCGAAGCAGUAGUUGACUGCAGAUGCGGAUGGAAGAUAAAAGGACUAAUGUGGCAGAUGUUAAAGCUUUUCUGCAAAAAGUGCCAGAAGUAGUCAUCCUCUUGCAAGAAGAAGGCAAUUCAUACAUUCAGACUGUUUUGCAGUCUGUGGUUUUCAAUGUUUUGUUUCUUCUCUGUCAUGGUAGAGUUUGUUGAUAAUGGUCUGCUAGAAUGCAUGAUUAAUUUUACUUUGGAAGAUUAUAUGAAGAUAUUUCUAUAUAAAAACAUACCAAACACAGAUUUGAAUAUGGGAGGACAGCAUAUACUUAAUAUUCCUUAGGAGUUCAUCUGCUAACUUUUCAUUCUCCAUUUAAUUGACUAUAAAUGCUAGACUGUUGAUUUAAAGAAAAAUCUCAUGUCACUUCGGGCCUGAAAAAACAUAGAAGUGUUUUUUUGAAUGUUAGUUUUAAUUCUAAAAUGUAUAAAAACACCCAAGUGGAGAAUUUGAAUUCAUUAAAAAGCUAAGGUGAAGCCAGUUGUGAUAUUUGCUUUGAUAGUUGACAGAUUCCUUUUUGCAUUUUAUCGGGUUUUACUGUCUGUGCAUCUUUAGAUAUCUUGAUUCAGUUAAACUGUCAGAGCAGCA